CAAACAAAAAAAACUACGAAAAUGUGCAGCAAAAGUCAAUAAGAGAGAAGGAGAGUCCCCAAAAGAGAGUGACAAAAGCCACCAGAAGAGAGAGUGAGCGAGAGAGAGAGCACUCUCCGGGUGUCUAGUCAAAGGACACAGACAGGCAACAGACAGCAACCAAUAGGACAUACAAGGAUCAAAGAGAGGCAGCGAGGAGCAGCACAAUGGCAAUCAACUUCUCGGCCUCGUUUGCGGCCUGCAUAGCGGCAGGCCUGAAGGUGCCCCGCCAGAUCAUGUACUGCAUCACACAGGACACGGGCCAGCCGUACGUUCUCUACAAGGACUCGCAGGACGCGGAACGCAAUGCGGGCGCCCUCGGCGCCAGCGCCGCUCAGUGGGGCAGCGAAAUGUAUCCCAACAUCCAGCAGCAGGCGCAGCAGCAUCUCAACGCCCAGCAGCAGCAGCAGCAACAGCAGGCGCAGGCGGCUGCCCAAGCGGCCGCAGCGGCGGCAGCAGCGGGCCAGCCACAGAGCCCGCCGGGCGGUGGCCAGGAGCCGCGCGACAAUGGCAGCGGCGAUGGUCGCCAGCAGCAGGUGUCGCCCUCGUCCAGUCCGUACCCCACGGUGCAGCAGCAGCAGCAGCAACAGCAGCAGCGAGCGAAUGCCGGCGGCGAGGAUGAUGCCAUGAACCAGCUUCAGCAAAACUCCGCGCCAAAUCAAAACCAAAGCAGCAACGACCCACAGCACUCCGGCUCGAAUACCGGGGAGGCGGGCAAUCCGCAUGUGCAGCAGAACGGGGCCGGCGGCGGACCACAGGGCGAUCCCAGCAAUGGCUUCCAGACGCCCGACUACUAUGCACCGAGGCAUGCGGCGCCGCAGGGCGGAAUGCUGGCGCCACCGGGCUUCCCGCCUCUCCACUAUCUGAACAAGAGCGUCCUGCCGAUGGAGCAGAACGGGGCAGGGGGCGGCGGCGGCGGAGGAGGCGGCGGUGGCGGUGGUGGCGGCGAGGCCUACUCGCUGCCGGAGCUGCUGCCGGGCCAACAGAAUGGCCAGCAGAAUGGCAACGGUGGACCGGCGAAUGCGAAUGCCAAUGAAGGCGCCGCCGCAGCCAAUGGAGGAGGAGGAGCGACGGGUGCCGGUGUGGGGGCGGUGAGCGGUGUGCCCACGGGCGGCCGAACGGGCAACGGUCCCGGGCGUCCGCACAAGAACAAGCCGCACAGCGAUCUGCGGCUGUUCAAGUGCCUCACCUGCGGCAAGGACUUCAAGCAGAAGAGCACACUGCUGCAGCACGAUCGCAUACACACGGACGCACGGCCCUUUCCGUGCUCGGAGUGCGGCAAGCGCUUCCGCCAGCAGUCGCACCUCACACAGCACCUGCGCAUCCAUGCCAACGAGAAGCCCUUCACCUGCCCGUACUGCUCGCGCAGCUUCCGCCAGCGGGCCAUACUCAACCAGCACAUACGCAUCCAUUCGGGUGAGAAGCCCUUCGCCUGCCCCGAGUGCGGCAAGCACUUUCGCCAGAAGGCCAUCCUCAAUCAGCAUGUGCGCACCCACCAAGAUGUCUCGCCACACCUCAUCUUCAAGAAUGGGCCACACCCGACGCUGUGGCCCUCGGACGUGCCCUUUCCGGGCGAGGAGAACGACACGAAGGGCGACAUUGCCGGCGCUGGUGCCGGCUACCACGAUGAUGACUCGCAGGGCACGCCCGAUGGCAGCGGGGGAAUGCAUUAUCCGUCGUACUUCAAGGACGUCAAGGAUCAUCCCGCAGGCCAAAAGAUACUGCCCGAGGUGCUGCAGCACAUCGGCGUGCGUCCGGCGAACAUGCCACUCUACGUGCGCUGCCCCAUCUGCGACAAGGAGUUCAAGCAGAAGACGACGCUGCUGCAGCACGGCUGCAUACACAUCGAGUCGCGGCCGUACCCGUGUCCGGAGUGCGGCAAACGCUUCCGCCAGCAGUCGCAUCUCACGCAGCACCUGAGGAUUCACACGAACGAGAAGCCCUUCGGCUGCAUGUACUGUCCGCGCUUCUUCCGCCAGCGCACGAUCCUCAACCAGCACUUGCGCAUUCACACCGGCGAGAAGCCCUACAAGUGCACGCAGUGCGGCAAGGACUUCCGGCAGAAGGCCAUUCUGGAUCAGCAUACGCGCACCCACCAGGUAGGCGAUCGACCCUUCUGCUGCCCCAUGCCCAACUGCCGGCGACGCUUUGCCACCGAGAACGAGGUGACCAAACACAUUGACAACCACAUGAAUCCCAACACCACCAAGGUGCGUCGCCAGCAGCAGCAGCACCAGCAGCAGCAGCAGCAGCAGGUGCAGCAGCAGCAACAGGUGCAGGUGCAGCAACAGCAGCAGCAGCAGCAGCAGCAGGGCAACAGCAAUGCGGUGGCACAGGUCGCCUCCGUGGCCAAUCAUCUGAUGAACGAUGUCAAGAGCCUGGCGGCCCAGCAGUUCCUCAACAACAACAAUCCCUCGGCGGUGGACAACAAGGCGAACAUUCUGCCGGUGCGCAGCAUAGCGGCAAAUGCGGCAGCCGCCGCUGUCGUUCAGCAGUCGGUGGUGAAGAAUGAACUGUACUUCCCGCAGUGCUAUGGGCCGCCCUUCCAGCAUCCCUUCCAGACCCAGCAGCAGCAGCAGCAGCAGCCACAGCAGCCGAGUGUGGCCCAUGCGAAUGGGGGACCCACGACGCCGGUGACUGUGACGGUGGCCAAUUCGGUGGCGCCCGGUGUGGUGGUGCAACAGAACCCGUCCGCCUCCGUUGUGGCCCAGUGACAUCCCACCACUGGAGCACCUGGAGCACAGCAGCAGCAGCAGCAGCAACAACAGCAACAGCAGCAGCAGCAGCAGCAACAGCAACCGACGGCGCCCCAACAGCAACAUCAUCCGCCGCCCCCACCGCCGCCCACCGCGUCCGCACAUCAUAUCACGGCAGCAGCAGCGGCAGC